AUGAAAGUUCUAAAGCAAUCCGGAAAGGUUACCAAGCAUCAUGAUCCAUUGUCACCUGACAAAUUAAAGACAAUAUUUAAUCAUAAGACAUUAUCAAUUAAUACAGCCAAGGGGCUUCAAUAUCAGGUGUUUAUGUGGUGUUGUCUCCUUUUCGCUCUACGUGGUGGUGAAUAUAGUCAAAUGAAGGUUACACAGUUUACUUUUCUUAGUAAUAGAGAGAUUCAGUUUACAAAAUUUUCUCAGAAAAAUGACCCCGGUGGUAUUGAAGAAAAUUUGGAUUCGCUUAUAAUACCAGUACCUGCAGAUCCUAAAGGGUAUUUAGGGCCUUGGUAUCUUGAUGUUAAAUUGGGACAAAAUUCAUGUAAUAAUUUUAUGAAAAAUAUUUGUUUCAAUGUUGGAAUAAAUAUCAAAGAUUAUGAUAUCAUUAAUCACUCGGAAAGAACCACACCAAUUACAUACUUGUUUCGUGAGGGUAUUCCGAUUGUUACCUUGAUGUCAAUAACCGGCCAUAAAAGCGAAUCAUCAUAUCGUAUAUAUUCAAGGCCAAGUGAACAACAAAAAAAAGAUGUCUUGUCUACAUUGAUUAGUGUUGUUGAUCUUUCAGAAUCUCAGGAUAAUGAUGGUGUUAAAGAUUUUUUCAAUAAAAAACAAGAUCUG